CCGCGAGAUCGCGGUCACUUCCGGGCUGUGGGAGGUGGGUUGGGUCGAGCUUCGGUGUCUGCUGGUGGGGCGCCUUGGUCACAGUGGGAGGGGGCGUCCGCGCCCGAGAGAUAGAAGAGGACUGGCUAUAGGCUGGAAGCACCUUGGAGCCAUUUUGCAGGAUGGCUGAUUUGGUCUUUUGUGAACCAACAGAGCUUUACAACAUCUUGAAUCAGGUCACAAAACUGUCCAGAUUAACUGAACCCAAUUAUCUCUGUUUAUUUGAUGUUCGCUCCAAGUGGGAGUAUGAUGAGAGCCAUGUGAUCACUGCCCUUCACGUGAAGAAGAAGGGCAAUGAGUACCUCAUCCCGGAAUCUGUGGACCUGGAGUGUGUGAAAUACUGUGUGGUCUAUGAUAACAACACUAGCUCCAUGGAGAUGUUUGUAAAAGAUGCUGCAUCCAAUGAGGAGGAGGACGAUGAGGACAACUGUAAUGAGCAUGGCCAAGAUCUGGUGUGUGGAGCAGCUGUGGAAUAUGGCAGAAUCCUCAUCCAACUCACCCACCACCCAGUGUAUAUCCUGAGAGGGGGCUAUGAGCGCUUCUCUGGCCUGUAUCACUUCUUCCGGACCCAGAGGAUCAUCUGGAUGCCCCAGGAACUGGAUGCAUUCCAGCCAUACCCUAUUGAAAUAAUCCCAGGCAAGAUCUUUGUGGGUGAUUUCAGCCAAGCCUGCAACCCUAAAGUUCAGAAAGAUUUGAGAAUCAAUGCACAUGUCAAUGUCUCCAUGGAGACCAGUCCUUUUUUCGUGGAUGACCCUGACAGGCUUCUGCACAUCCAGAUAGAAGAUUCCUCAGAAUCCAAGAUUUUGCCCUUUUUACGCUACCUCUGUCACUUCAUUGAAAUUCACCUCCACCUGGGCUCUGUUGUUCUGGUCUUUUCCACGCAGGGUAUCAGUCGCAGCUGUGCAGCUGUGGUGGCCUUCCUCAUGCACAAGAAUCAGGAGACCCUGAAGGUUUGCCUGGAGUUUUCCAAGAGAAAACUACUUGGAGUCACAGGAACUGCAGUGCUGGCAAGGGCUCAGAAGGUGUCCACAGAAAUAAUCUUCCUUCAUUUUGAGAGCAGAGCCCAGACAGGGAGGAGAAGAAGGGAGCCAUCCUGCAACCCCAAGGAGAACCUGUUGCUCCUGCCUCCCAGGCAGUGCUUUCUCAGGGGGCAGUUCUUGGUCUUAGAGCAGGGGUCCCCCUCUCCCCAGGCCACAGACUGGCAGUGAUCCAUGGUCUGUUGGGAGAGGUCACACAGUGGAAGGUGAGCAUUGGGUAAAGGAGUGAAGCUUCAUCUGUGUUUCCUGCCACCCCCAUUGCCUGAGUUCCGCCUCCUGUCAGAUCAGCAGUGGCUUUAGAUUCUCAUAGGAGUGCAAACCCUACUAUGAACUGUGCAGGUGCAGGAUCUAGGGCACAGACUCCUUUGACUCAUCCCCAAACCAUUAUCCAGCCCCAACCUCUGUCUGUAGAAAAAUUGUCUUCCAUGAGAUCAGUCCCUGGUGCCAAAAAGGCUGGGGACCACUGUCUUAGAAGACUUGGGUGAGAUCCUAAAAGCUGCUACAUUUGCCUAGGGCUGGGUUUAAGAGGAGAGAAGAGGAGGGACAGAGAAUUACCCUAGUCAGAACUUACUGACCAAUGGUUUGGGGACCCCGUGUGAUCUCUGGGAGCAAUUCCACUUCUGAGUCUGCACCCCAGAGAAGUGGAAGCAAGCACUCUUAGAUAGACGAUUGCACACCUGUGUUCGUGACAGCAAUAUUCACCAUAGCCAAGAGGUGGAAACAACCCAGUAUCCGUGGAUAUAGAAAAUGCACUAUAGCCACACUGUGAAAUAUUAUUCACCCUCAAAAAGUAAGGCCAUUUGUGCCAGGGAUUUAGCUCAGUGAUGCCGCCUCUUGCCUCACAAGCGUAAGGUCCUGAGUUUGAUCCCGGUACCAAAAAAAAAAAAGUAAGGCCAUUCUUCAUGGUACACAUGCAUGUAAUCCCAGCACUGUGGGCAGGAAGAUCACAAGCUUGAGCCCAACCUGGGCAACUUGGUGACUUAGUGAGACCCUGUCUCAAAUUAAAAAAGGACUGGGGUUGGAGCACACACACACGCAAAAGAUGAGGAAAACUUCGGACACAUGCUACAACCUGGAUGAACCUUGAGGACAGGGUGCCCUUGGAAGCAAACCAGUCAUGACAGGACAAAUACUGUACGAUUCCACAAACUUGAGAGACCUGGAGCACCAUAUCAGAGGCAGAGGGCUGCAUGGUGCUGGCCAGGGCUCAGGAGGGUGGGAUGUGCUUCAGGAAAGGUCAGGAUGAAGAGUUGUGUUUAAUGGGGACAAAGUUUCAUGUUAGCAAGAUUAAGAAGUUCUGGUGAUGAUGGUGGUGAUGGUCAUGCUGUGAUGUAAAUAUACUUAAUGCUGCUGAAUUGAACAUACCUAAAAAUGGCUAAACUGGUAAAUUUGAUGUGUAUAUUUUACCCCAACUUUAAAAACGCCUAGGGAGUGGGGUCAGAGGAUGAAGCCUGGAUCCCUGUUCUCUCUCCCCUCCAAAGGGAGUUUUGGGGACCCCUGUGGUGGCAUCACUGCCUGCUUGAGGAGCAUUAUGUCCUGGGAAGGGCGGUGAUGUCUCUGGUAAAACGUGGGGGGUGGUACAGAGAUGACUUGGCCUCCCCGCCUAGGAAUCUGUCUUGGAGGGGCCCCUUGGCUGCUGGAAGGAGGAGAAGAGGGGAGCUGGCUGGGGAGUUCCAGGACUUGAGCUCCCCUGGAGCUUGAAAGGGCCAGUCUGGUGACCUUCCCCAAGCCCUACCCUGUGUGGCGCCAGGUUUCCAUGAGAAGGUUGUGUGGAGCCCUCCAGCCUCGGCAUGCGUGUGUUAUCCAGCCAUGACAAACAGAUCACAGUCCUCUCUCUGGCCACAUGGAAAGCAGGAGGCAUGGGCUGUUUGCUGCGGCUGGCGGGGCAAGAGCCGAGUGAGAAGAGCUCUUGUCCCACUCAGCUCCAGCAGCGGGGCCCUCAGGGUGAUGUGGUUCAUGCAGGCUCAGCUGCCCGACCCUCAUGGGGCCUGCAGGGAGGUCUUCCUGCCUGGGAUUGGUUGGCCAGGCCAUGGUCAGUGAAUGGAUGCUCACAGGGGCACCUUAAGUCUAGAUGACCCUGCUUUCAGGAAAAGCCCUGACCCCCUCUCCCUGGAGCAGCAGUCCUGGUCUUAUCUAUAGGAAGUCCUGUUGCCAGGUACUCCAUCCAGAUAACUCUUAGCUUAAAAAGCUGCACAGCCCAUGGAGCUGUGGCCAGGAAGGACUGCCCCUGAGCCCUGCAUGGCUCUUAGCUUCUCCUGCUAUCAGUUUGCACCCAGGAUCACUGCCACAAGUUGGCUCAGGCUUGUCCCUGGGAGAAGUUCCUGUCUGCCAUUGUCUCUGUGGAGGGGGGAGGUGCUGGGAGCAGGCUCCCUGUGUGCAGGGGGGGGUGCACAGCUCAGCUAUGAUGAUCAAAGCCCUUGGGACUUGCAAAGAAGGGACUAGGCUGCUCAUGGGCCCAAGGUACCAACUGCUGGGCCCCAGCUUGGCUUCUCAGAAGCUAAGGCCAAGGUGUGGGGGCCAGGGAGUGACUGGCAAGAACCAGUGUCCAGAAUCUCUGGCAUCAGAGCUACCCAGGACUUGGGUUUUCAGAGCUUUGGUGCAAGGUUGUGUGGGAUCCCAGAGCCAGCGUGGUGCUAAGAAGAAUUUGAACUUAGUGCCUUUAGGUUGCUGGGAGUAGCCUUGUCCCUUGAAGAUCUCUGGGGUGUGGGCUGGGGAUUUAGCUCUGUGGUUCUGCCACCUGUCUCACAAGCACAAGGUACCAAGUUUGAUCCCCAGUACCAAAAAAAAAAAAAGAUCUCUGGGGUGGGGUGAGACACACUAGGAGGGUUAUGAUAGCUCACACUGGCAGGGAACUUUUAAUUCUUCAUGUGUAAUAAAAACUCAUUCGCAGGGGCCUGGCACUUAGGGUACUGCUAGUAUUCCUGUUUUGCAGCCGCAUAGAGAGGCUGGGUGACUUGCCAGAGAUUGUACAGCUCUAACUGUGAGAGGUCAAAUCCAAUGCCAGUUGGCUCAGCUCCGGAAUCCAGGCCCAGCGAGACAUGUGUGUGGUGACAUGGUUUGUGGCCCUCUGGUACUACUUAAAAAAAAAAAACAAAACUGUGGUAAAAUACACAUACAGUUUACCAUUUUAACUACUUUACAGUGUGUACUUUAGUCCUGCUCAGUAUAUUCACACUAUGCAAUCAAUCUCCUAAACCUUCACAUCUUGCAAAACUGAAACUCUACACCCAGGAACAACUCCCCAGUCCCUGGAAACCACCAUUCUAUUUUCUAUCUCUAUGAAUUUGUCUACUCCAGGUACUUUACCUAAUUUCCUUCCUUUUGAAAAUAUAUUUCACUAUAUGUAAAAUCCAUCAGUAAGCCCAUCUGGGCCAGGUGUUUUCUGUUUUUGAGGGUUAUGAUUAUUAAUUAAUUUGUGGUAUGGGGAUUGAACACAGGGCCUUCACACUGAGCUACAUCCCCAGCCCUUUUUUAUUUAGAGACAAAAUCUUGCUAAUUUGCUGAGGCUGGCCUCAAACUCUUGAUCCUCCUGCCUCAGCCUCCCAGAGUGCUGAGACUAUAGGCAUAUAUCCACAUGCCUGGCUGAGGAUUAAUAAUUAUUUCAUUUCUUGAGUGUGUUUUGGAAGAUGGUUGUUUUCAAUAAAUUGAUCAUAUUUGUGAGCA